UUGAGUCUACUUUAUUUUUAGGCUUAAAAAAAUUAUAAUCAAAUUUAUGAUUUAAAAAGUUUCUCCUCGUGGCAUCUUUCUCUUUAUCUACAUGGUGAACCAAAGACAUACUGAUGAGAAAAAUAAACACAGAGAAACUUGAAAAUGGCAGAUCAUUGCAAUGGAAGCUCUCAAAGCUCUGAAUCUUUUGUCAAUAUUCCACCAAUAAAAUUCACCAAGCUCUUUAUAGACGGCAACUUCGUUGACUCCGUUUCCGGGAAAACGUUCGAGGCAAUCGACCCGAGAACCGGGGAGGCCAUAACUCGGGUUUCGGAAGGGGAUAAAGAAGAUGUUGAUUUGGCUGUGAAGGCUGCACGUUUUGCUUUUGAUAAUGGCCCUUGGCCUCGCUUAUCAGGUUCUGAACGAGGAAGGAUCCUAAUGAAGUUUGCAGACUUGAUCGAACAAAACAUAGAAGAACUAGCUACAUUGGAAGCCAUUAAUGGUGGCAAGCUGUUCUCUCUUUGCAAGUUCAUGGAGGUCCCAGGUGCUGCAAUGACACUGCGUUACUAUGCAGGUGCAGCCGAUAAAAUCUAUGGAACCGUGUUGAAAUUAAGCAAAGGACUACAAGGUUACACUCUCAGGGAACCCAUUGGCGUCGUUGGAGCUAUACUUCCAUGGAAUUUCCCCACCUCCAUGUUCUUCAUCAAGGCUGCACCUGCAUUAGCUGCUGGCUGCACCAUGGUGAUCAAACCAGCUGAACAAACCCCUCUUUCAGCUCUUUAUUAUGCUCAUCUUGCUAAGCUGGCUGGCAUCCCUGAUGGAGUGCUCAAUGUUGUGAAUGGAUUUGGAGAGACUGCUGGUGCUGCCAUUAGCUCUCAUAUGGACAUUGAUAAAGUGAGCUUUACAGGGUCAACUGAGGUUGGGCGUAAGAUAAUGAUGGCUGCAGCAGCAAGCAAUUUGAAGCCAGUUUCAUUAGAGUUGGGUGGCAAAUCCCCAUUGUUAAUAUUUGAUGAUGCUGAUGUUGAUGAGGCUGCAAAAUUUGCUUUCAAUGGCAUCUUCACCAGCAAAGGUGAAAUCUGUGUGGCCAGUUCUCGUAUUUAUGUUCAAGAAGGUAUUUAUGAUAAGAUUGUGAACAAGUUAAUAGAGAAAGCAAAUGCAUGGGUUGUUGGAGACCCUUUUGAUCCUCAAGUUAAUCAAGGACCUCAAACCAAUAAAAAUCAAUUCGAGAAAAUACUAUCAUACAUCGAGCAUGGCAAAAGAGAAGGAGCCACUUUACUAACAGGGGGUAACAGCAUUGGCCAAAAGGGAUAUUACAUACAGCCUACCAUAUUUGCUGAUGUUAAGGAAGAUAUGAUCAUAGCAAAAGAAGAAAUUUUGGGGCCAGUUAUGUCAUUGAUGAAGUUCAAGACCAUGGAGGAGGCAAUUAAGAGGGCAAACGACACGACUUACGGCCUAGCAGCCGGGGUUAUAACGAAGGAUUUGAAUGUGGCAAACACGGUGUCGAGAUCGGUCCGUGCCGGGGUCGUGUGGAUCAAUUGUUACCUUUUGCUAGAUGUAGGUUGUCCAUAUGGUGGGUUCAAGAUGAGUGGGUUUGGAAGAGAAAAUGGCAUGGAUUCACUUAACGAGUAUCUGCAAACCAAGUCUGUUGUAACUCCUAUUCUUGACUCACCAUGGCAUUAAGUGUACAAGUCCCUAAUUAUUACUGGAGAAUUCUAUUUUAAGAGCAUAAAAAUCUAAAUAAAUAAAAUAUCUCUAUGCAAGAACAACCGCAUGUGUUAUAUUUUGAAAA